UAGCGUCGAAUGCUAAACUUCCGGUUUACCAGCGAAAUGAGCUGGACAUCUUUCUACUGUCCGUGUUUUUGUUGUGGGAACAGGACCAAUCGUUCCGGCCAUGUUCAACUCAAAGAAAUUCCCACCGUGAAACUGGACAUGACGAAUAUGGGAAAUGAUGUUGUGAUUGUGAAAAGUGGGAAGCGAAUCUGUGGGACAGGAUCGGCCUUAUCAAAUGCUCCAAUCGCACAAGACAAGGCCUACUUUGAGAUCAAAUUGCAGAGUACAGGUGUAUGGGGUGUUGGUCUAGCUACCAAGCUAUGUCAAAUGAAUACGGUGCCCCUGGGUAACAACAAGGAAUCCUGGGUAAUGAGACACGACGGUGUUCUGUACCAUAACAACGAAGAGAAAGGCAAGCUCCCUGAGGUACCACAGGAAGGGGAUAUUCUGGGUUUGUCUUAUGACCAUGUGGAAUUGAAUUUCUUUCUCAACGGUAAAGCCCUCAACAACCCUCUGAUGGGAAUCAAAGGAACAGUGUUCCCUGUUUUCUAUGUGGAUGAAGGUGCUGUGAUUGACGUCCAAUUCGACAGAUUUUACCACCAGCCUCCCGAUGGCUUUGACAGUAUUAUGAUUGAACAGUCACUAUUAUAGCACAAAAUUAUACGACACACCCGAUCCGCUGCAUUUCCUACUGUAGACACCAGAGGGCAGCCUAUGUCCGUAAUCCUCUGUACCAACAGAGGAAAAGUUACAGUGUAUAUAUUAUAUGGACAUUGGUUUGGGAAGUUGUGCCAAGCCCCCGUGCUGUAUUUUAUUAUUUCAUUACAUACAAACUGGACAGUAAUAUCUUCCCCAGAUGGAGCCAGUUCCACUGUUGUUAUUUUAAAGACUGAAUAUAGUCUGACCUUAAAACGAUGGAGGGGAAAUUGAGGGAGAUAUCAAGGAAAUUGAUUUUGUAGCCCAUGUCUGUAGAGGCCUAUGGAUCUUUAUACAAAUAUAUACAGGAUGUGGGAGGGGUGACAAUUAGCUAGGGAGAUAUCUAUAAAAUCGGUUUUGUACCUGUCUAUAGAGGCCAGUGGUCUUUAAAAACAAGAAGUGCAAAGGAAUGAGGGAGGUAUCUUUGUAUUUGGUUUUGUAACUUGUCUACAAAGGCCAGUGGUUUUUAUUAACAGGAAGUGGGAAGGAAUGAGGGAGGUAUCUUUGAAAUUGGUUUUGUAACCUGUCUAAAGAGGCCGGUGGUCUUUAUAAACAGGAAGUGGGAAGGAAUGAGGAAGGUAUCUUUGAAAUUGGUUUUGUAACCUGUCUAAAGAGGCCGGUGGUCUUUAUAAACAGGAAAUGUGAAGGAAUGAGGGAGGUAUCUUUGUAUUUGGUUUUGUACCUGUCCAUAGAGGCCAGUGGUCUUUAUAAACAGGAAGUGGGAAGGAAUGAGGGAGGUAUCUUUGUAUUUGGUUUUGUACCUGUCUAUAGAGGCCAGUGGUCUUUAUAAACAGGAAGUGGGCGGGAGACAAUGAGGGAAAUAUCUAUGAAAUUUGUUUUCUAAACUGUUUAUAAGACAGAAUAUAUCUUGGCCUUUAUACACAGUUUAUCAUGUCAUGACAUGUUCAUAAGGCCAGAGAGAAUUUCAAUUUGCCUUCGUAGACAGACCUACACUCCUUUAUCUCUGAGAUGGAAGAUUAAUUAUAUCCAAAUGUACCUUGUUUAUAAAGGCUUGAGAUAAUUUAGCUCAAAAAAGAAGAUUAAACAUGAGAAUAACCUGUCUGUAAUGGCUAGAGAAAUUGGCUUUUGUAUUAAAAAAUGUACACCUGUGUGUUGGAGACAGAAGAUUAUAAUUAUUUCCUAUAUAUUUAAUCUAUCUAUAAAAGUCGGAGAGAACUUCAACUUUGUGAACGGCAAACAAAUAUAAUUUUUAGCUGUCUAUGAAGGCCAGCAGGGACAGAGAUUGAUGUGAAUACCUGCAGUGAAAGACUGAUGUAUGUAUACAACAUGACUGUAACUUGUCUAAAAAGGCCAGAGAAUAGUGGACCUUCGUAAGAAGUGUAUCCAACCUACAUGAAAAGAAAUAUUAUUAUUAUUGACUGUAUGGGGCCUGACCAUUGCAUAACUGGUAUUGUAGUAAGGCUAGACAAAAGUAAUUGUGUAGUUAAGGCUAGACUAAAGUAAUUGUUAUGUUUCAAGUCUGAUGAUAGUGGUACAGAAUACAUUAAAUUUACGUUGAUAAUGUAUAAAUGAAUUAAUAUUUUUUUCUAUUCCACUGUUUUUUGGUGUUUUUUUUAGAGGGGUUUAUCAUUAAGAGAAGUUUAUAGUCAAAUUUGAGAGGCUGAUAAAAGCUGAAAUUUUAUUCCAUUUCAUAUAUUUCACUUGUUUUGUCAUAGAUUUUUGCUAGAUAUUCAAAAAUGAAUUCACUUCCAACAUCACAUCACAUAAAGUAAAAUAAAAAAAAUCUCCAUAUAGUUUUUACUGAUAUGUUUUUAUAAAUUAAGAUGUUGAUAAAUGUAAUUAACUUCCCUGUGAAGCACUACUUUAUCACAUGACUAUCACAUGACUGUCACAUGAGUGUCACAUGACUACUGCUGUGUUAUAUUUUUUUUUGUAAGAUUUAGUCGUAAUCGGAAAAUGAUAAUAAUAUUUUUAAUAAGUAUUGUUUGUAAAUCCUGAAAAGUGUUGACUUUACUCUGUACCAGACAAUUUUAAUUAAUGAGAGGAAUAUUCAUGUCCGGAAUAACUUUUAUAUCCAGGUCAACUCACCUGUUCAUUGUUCGGUCAUAUCAAGUACAGCUUACUCAGUCAUCCGGAACUCCUUGGGUUUUUAUAGCCACCGAGGAUGAUCCGAAUGCUUACUCAGUCAGACGUCACGAAUGACGCUCUCCAAAUGAUUGAUGUACAUAUCUUUUGUAAAUGAGUACAGGAAGUUUAGAAUGUCGGGUAAAUUCAACAUGAUAUUCUGGCCUGAAUGUUUUAUAAUUAUUUUGUGUUCGGAUUUACUUUAAAUGAGAUUUACAAAUCUCCUUUGAAGAGCCUUGCUAAACUGAAAUCUCCAAAAUGGUUUUGUAUAUGUAACCUAUGUACCAUAUAUAUAAAUAUGCUAGUGCAAUAUUUUAAUAAAUUAUGUUUGUGUAUAAAUGUAUGUGGAUUUUAAGUUCCUGUAAAUAUAUCUUCUGAAGCCAAGAGUUUUACUAAAGUUACCUUCACUUUCUUCAAGUUUUCUGACUUUAACAUAAAAGUAGAAAUGUCAUUUGUUUUAUCCACAAGUACUCACCUUAUAUAUAUUAAUAUAUACUUGGUGUGUUGACAUUCGAGUACAAGUGGUUUCACAGAUUUUUGCUUUCAGUAUUCAUUGUCUUUAAAGACAUACACAAUUUAAACUGAUGAUAUUUUUUGCUUACAUGACGUAUCACCAUUUAAAUAAAAAUUUCAACUAAUUUUCUGUAUGUGCUGAAAUCAAAUAUUAUUUUGUCACUGUUUCAGAUGAAGUCUACUGACACUUUUUAAUUCAUAUCUGUUUGAAGUUUUUACAGGGAUGCUAUUAAUAUGUGUUAUAUAUCUAACGUAAUUUUUUACAACCAUUCCUAUGAACAUCUUACCAGCAUUAGGAAUGGGCGGAAAGGCAUAUACACACAUAUUUGACCUUAGUAACAUAACUAAUAAAUAAUCACAACAUUUUAUCUUGAAAGUAUUUCAUUAUCAAUAUAUCAUAUGGAAAUAUAACGGCCAAAUGCUAGGCAUGCAGUCGAUGAAAAAUGUCCAAUUGAUAUAGCUUAAUAUCUUCAUGAAAUAUAUCAGUUGAAUAUUAGAGUAUUCACAUGAGCAGAACAGCCUGCAUUAGGUAGAUUAAUAGGUCACACACGAUUUAUAUAUCUUUGAACUUUAUGUGGGUGUGUCAACUUUUAUUUUUCAAAUGUUCUGUAUUUCUUAGCGUUCGAGGUUAUUAUUUUUAGGACAAAUAUAUAUGAUCAGAUAUCAUUCAUGAAAGAUGGCUCAAAAGGUCUUUAAUAAAUAUCACCUCCGCCAGAAAUGAUUGUCGGUACAUGUGUUUUGCAAGCGUUUUUGCUUGUUGAUCAUUUCUGCAUUCGACUGACCUCAGCUAAUUCUGGUACCUGUCAUUUGAUGUUGGUACGGAGUUUGCCGAAAUAUGACAAGUGAUCUGUUUAAUCGCAAAAUCUCGGGAGAAUGAGUUGAUUUCCAAUGAUUGUCGGAGAAAAAACUCGAGAAGGUACUAUUGUAAUUCUGAUAUAUGCAAGAGUUACUUCCCUUCAUCUGGCUCUCUUAUCAUGAUAAAUUGUGUUCGCCCUCGGGCGUUCUUUCUAAUAAGUUAUAUAUGUAUAACCUGAUAAACUGAUGAUAAACAUGGGGAUAUAUUAUUACCUAAAGUUAUACAUCCUAUUGUGUUUGUAUAUUACUUUAUCUUUAUAUUAUGAAAUAUAACAGCUUUAUAUUGUGUAUUGACAAGAAAAUUUAAGGAAAUCGUGUUUCGACGUCAGAAUAUUCUCAUGUGGGAGACUGUUUCUGGUGGAACUCUUUUUUCAAAGAAUCAAAAAUGUUAUUUUUUCAAAUGACAAAAUGGUUGUAAUUAAAGAAAUGGUACAGUU